AUGCCUCACCAAAGACGCAAGUCAGGCCACGGCCUCGGCGGUGCCGACACGCGCAAGUCCGACUCCUCAAGACAGGUUCGCCCUACCAUGUCGCGACGCUACACUCCCACAACGAUUCAACGUUCCUCGAGAACUCCACGCUACGAAUCGUCUUCUGAAGAUGAGAGCUUUCCGCAAUUCUGCAUGUCUUGCGAGAAGCAAUUCCUUCCCGCCAGCGACAAUUUUCUCUACUGCUCUGAAAGCUGCCGUCGAUCCGACCAGUCCUCAUCGCACUCUGCCUCGUACAGCUCAUACAGCGGCAGCAACGACUACAGCCUUGCCCGUCGUCAAUCCUACUACGCUUCCGACUCCGAGGGCAGGGAUAUUGUUCCCCAGGCUUCACCAUCCAGACCUGGCUCUAUGCUCCUAGCGACAUCACCUCCCGCAACUCCCGGCACCUACUACGGAUCCAAGCCGGAGUCCGCCCUCUCCGCACUCCGUUCGCUGACGGCGAUCCACCCUCCCAGCCCACCAUCACCAACGAGCAGCGCGGGUGGAUUCUGGCCUUUUGGAAAGAGCGCUGCCACGAGCCCCAGCUCGUCGUACGCCCGCCAGCACAUGCUUGGCAUGGACGGUAGCCAUACCUACCACGGCUCAACCGACCGACCGCUUCCAUCGAGGUCAUCCCGCCCCAAAAGCAGCGAACUCGUCACUCCCAUCAUGGGCCGAUGA